UUAAGGAAUUAUUCGUCAAGAGGCCCAUUUGUGGCAGCGAGAAGCCUUAAAACUUCCACUAACUAAGUCCUAGUGGUCGCAGAGGCAGGCGUUAAUCCCGUAUAUAAGCGAGAGAGCAGAGAGAGAGAGAAAAGAGCAGGGCGGAGGCGCAGUGAGCAGACGGCCGCACCAAACCCCACCCCAUUUGGCUUUGGGAUUUUGUGUGGAGGAAAUAAGCCCAAAAUUGAGAAAAUUCCCCGAUUAAACGCCGCUUCCCCUUCGUGGCGAAAGGCGGGCUGAAAGAGGAGAGGAAGGAGGUGGAAUUAGUCCCGGAGUUGGAGUGAAAGGAAGUCAAAAUUGGUAAUAAUAUUAGUUGAUCAGCAAACAUGGCGUGCUGUUUAAGCGAAGAAGCCAAGGAACAGAAGAGGAUAAAUCAAGAAAUAGAACGACAAUUAAGGAAAGAUAAGAGAGAUGCCAGAAGAGAACUCAAACUACUGUUAUUGGGCACAGGAGAAUCUGGCAAAUCUACCUUCAUCAAGCAGAUGCGUAUUAUCCACGGUGCAGGUUACAGCGAUGAUGACAAACGAGGGUUCAUCAAGCUGGUCUUCCAGAACAUCUUCAUGGCCAUGCAGUCAAUGAUCAGGGCCAUGGACCUUCUUCAAAUAUCUUAUGGAGACUCUGCAAACAGUGAACACGCAGAUCUGGUGCGAGCGGUGGACUACGAGUCAGUCACAACGUUUGAGGAGCCAUAUGUAACUGCCAUGAAAAGCUUAUGGGCUGACACCGGCAUUCAACACUGCUAUGAUCGUCGCAGAGAGUACCAGCUCACAGAUUCAGCAAAAUACUAUUUAACAGACUUAGACCGCAUAGCUGCCGAGGACUAUGUUUCCACACUACAAGACAUUCUAAGAGUGAGAGCACCCACAACAGGCAUUAUAGAAUAUCCCUUUGACCUAGAAGAAAUCAGAUUUAGUUAUCUUGAUGAUUUGGAGCGUAUCAUAUCAUCGGACUUCUUACCGACCGAGCAGGAUAUUCUUAGGGCUCGAGUACCAACCACUGGAAUCAUUGAGUACCCCUUUGAUCUGGACUCAAUCAUCUUUAGAAUGGUAGAUGUCGGUGGUCAGCGAUCUGAGCGACGGAAGUGGAUUCAUUGCUUCGAGAAUGUCACCUCCAUCAUUUUCCUGGUCGCACUUUCUGAGUAUGAUCAGAUCUUGUUUGAGUCUGACAAUGAGAACCGAAUGGAAGAAUCAAAGGCCCUGUUCAAGACCAUUAUCACAUACCCCUGGUUCCAGCACUCGUCUGUUAUUCUCUUCCUUAACAAGAAGGAUCUUUUGGAGGAGAAGAUCAUGUACUCACAUCUUGUGGACUAUUUCCCAGAAUAUGAUGGCCCACAGAGGGAUGCCAUUGCAGCACGGGAGUUCAUCCUACGUAUGUUUGUAGAAUUAAAUCCUGAUCCUGAGAAGAUUAUAUAUUCACAUUUCACAUGCGCGACAGACACUGAGAACAUAAGGUUCGUCUUCGCUGCCGUCAAAGACACAAUCCUGCAGCUAAAUCUAAAGGAAUACAAUCUGGUGUAACGUAGAGCUGUGCCCAACUCUGGCCGAAAGUGUACCCAAGGUGAAGUGACAGCAUACCCCCCUACUCUUGUGAGGGGCUGUCGGUUGAGGCCUCACUUCAUCACCCUAACAUGGACACUAAACUAUGAAGGCAGUCAUAUUUUGCAUUUUUAAAACCCAUAUUCAGUGUCCCAAAGAAAUAAAGGCUCUAUGCUUUAUUUUUCUUUCUUUUUUCUUUUCUUUUUUUUCUCAGUUUCCAAAGAUUUGUGUGAGCCUUCAGUUCCCUUCCAAGUCAAGCCAUCCUGUUUGGGACAGCUUCAGCUAUUUGCAGACAGCCUAAAUUGAGGAUGUUUUGAUGCCAAGGGGCUUGACACCUUCAAUUAUGUAGUUCCAAUUUAUGUAAUGUACGCCAUUUCCAAGUCCUCAGUUGCGUACAAUGUCUGUUAACCCAAAGUCUCACACCCGGAAGGGGCGGAUUAACUAGUCCAAAGCCAUGACUGGUUCCAUUUUUGACUGUUGCCAUGUUGCCAAAAGGACCGCCCCUACCCAUGUCCCGUGCUCAUUACCAACGCUGCCAACGAGCUUAGUGCUCUCUGGUCGUAAUGGUGCUCCCUAAGCCCUGAUUCACGCGUGUGGAUGUGUGUGUGUCGCUUAAGCCACACUCAGCCGCUGCUACAUGUGCGUAACUUGGAGCUAAUGUUAGUGUGUACACUGAUAAACAUCAUGGGCUGACACACUCCACAUCUAACGAAGUAUUGCUCCAGCCUCGUUUUCUUGCCUUUGCGGGAAAGUUUGCUUGCCUUGCAGGUGAUUGUUAGGAUGUUUUGUGUUGGUGGCUUUUGUAUAUUACACAUAUAUAAACAUUAUGUGGUCUAACGUUUCAUCUUUAGUGUGUGAUAAUAUGUAGUUGAUCAUGAGAGGAGCUAUCCAUUAUGUAUAGGCCUGCAAAGUUUCCUGGGGGUUAAGGAAGAAAGAAGUGCUUGCUACUGAGACUUUUAUGCACCUCCAAAGUAAUGCAUCUGGACCACAAGUAAGUAGAGCACAGAAAACUACUUGAAGAUGCAACAGCCAAAUGCAGUGAGUCUUAUGGCGUCCAGAGUGUGAGAAAAGAGAAAGAGUCAACAGAACAACAGAGAAGGAACAACAGAAGAAGAAGCAGUUUUAAAUUCUGAUUUCUGAGAGUGAUACUUAGAAAUGUUAAGCAUUGAGUACUUUGCUGCCACUUACCUUAGGUUGGUACAAAUCUGAAUAAAUCAGGUACCACGUAUGAGUAGCUGCUGUAAGAUUUGGAAAUGUAUCUACCUAUGAGGGCAUCAGUGCUUGUGAUAUAUUGGUGGUAGCGAGUAUGGCUUUAAAAUGUCUCCUUAGAUAGCCAGAUCUCCUCUGCCUGGUGAAAGGCAAAGCCAGGUACCAACACUACCUACCAAGUGACACAGAAGCUUAUUGGUGAGGUGCUACAGACUGUAGGCUCUUAAUAUCUACUCUUGCGUCAAAAAGUGCAAUUCAAAGAUAGCUGACUCGGAGCUGAGACUUAAGACUCUUGUGGCUUAUGCGAAAGUGAGCCUAGAAUGGUAUUUUUGAGUAUCACUAGCCAUUUACUGAUAAUCAUGCUUGUAUGUGACGUGUGUUCAAUGCAACCUGGGCACAAGGGUGUGCCUGCAAACGUGUCCAGCACUGUCCCCGAUGAUAGGAUGUUGAUUUAUGAUAAUGAGUGUGAUAAUGGUGAUGAUUGUUGAAUGAUGAUGAUUGUAGACGGAAGCACUAGUCAGUAUGGGCGCGGGUAAACACAAUUGCCCACUGCUCAUGUUACUUGUAUAUAUGUGUCUGUAAUAAUAACUAUUAGGUGUAUGGGUGCGGGGUAACCUGGUGAACCCCCAUGGAUUGCCAAUAGAGAAGGUAGCGAAUGAACGGAUGCUGAGAGUAAAUGAACAGACCACGGACAAAGACGUUCCAAAAGCUUGGCGCACCCUAGCGAAAGGGCUGUGUGCUAAUUCUAGUCUCUGGUGCCAUCAGGUGUUUCUUACUAGACAAGCCCAUUCAAUUUUGGGCUGGUCUGAACCUGGCCAUUCUGGCAGACAAACUCGGAUCAGCUGGUGAGGGAGAAAAAACCCGUAGUUGACAGCUGAGCAGAGCAGGCAAAGUGGCUCAUGAUGAAAGCUUUGCCUGCAGCGUAGACUUAGCUCAAUCCCCAGCCAUGUGAGGUACGCAUGGCACGUGUGCUUCUGCUUGCAGGUUCUGCCAUGUUUGUUGGGCUGCUUGUAUAAUUAGUAGAGAGACUAAUGGAAUUACACACAGCCCUGGAAAUGAGCCUUGACCUUCCAAUCGUUUGUACACUUGUUGUUAUAUUCUUAACUUCAGGUUGCAUUUUGUCUAUUGUUUGUAGUAUGUACAGACCAAGUAAGGUAUUAUUUUUAUUCAUUAUCAUUACUUUUAUGGAAAGAAUGUGUUGACAAGUAAUUACCAAUCAUGUGUAUUCAAAAAGACUUGUACUAAGGUUAAAAAAUUGAAAACCCCAUAUGUACCAAAGUAUAACUUGAUUUUAUUUUUGAAGUGGCCGACAUGUAGCAUGCAGUAGUAGUGGGCGGAGGAGGCAACCACAUAGCCACCCCGCUAACCCGCCCCGGUAUUUAGCACUGCCUACUGCUCCACCCACCCUGGGUCCUCCCCCGGCCCUGGGGGGCAUGGAAGCAUUGGCACCGGGGCAGGUGUAGCUUGGGGGGGCCAAGGCCCCAGUCUCCCCCCUGCAGGACCCUGGCCCCUCCCUGGCAUGUUGUCGCAAGAUGUAACCACCAGAGAUGAACUAAACCUUUCUAAUGGCUGCAUCUUGCCCUGCCUCCUUCCUGGUGCCUAGCCAGUCACAACAGCGGUGUUUGGCUAGGUACUAGUGUGUGGGCAGCAAAAGGUCAACAAUACACCUGCUGCCCACAUUUCCACCCAUCCUCUGCAGUGCUUCAACCACACCAACUCGGUCCACUACUGUACUAUUCAUUAAGCUUCAGACCGAAAGAAUAAAGAGGGAUUUGUGUUUUAAGAAUAAAUAUUUAUUGAAACAA